AUGGGGAAGAUAAAACGUAGCAAAAAGCCUCCUCCAGAAGGUUACGAAUUGAUCGAACCAACACUAGAGGAAUUAGAUGCUAAAAUGCGCGAAGCUGAAGUUGACCCUCACGAAGGAAAGAGAAAGGUAGAAUGCCUUUGGCCCAUCUUUAGGGUCCAUCAUCAACGAUCUAGGUAUAUUUACGAUCUGUACUACAAGAGAAAGGCUAUCAGUAAAGAACUAUAUGAAUAUUGUUUAAAAGAAAGUAUCGCAGAUAAAAACCUCAUUGCAAAGUGGAAAAAGAACGGUUACGAGAAUUUAUGUUGCCUAAGAUGCAUUCAAACCAGGGAUACCAAUUUUGGAACUUCAUGUAUCUGUCGUGUGCCCAAAUCUAAAUUAGAGGAGGAUCGUGUUAUCGAAUGUGUGCAUUGUGGAUGCCGUGGUUGUUCUGGAUAA